AUGGAAUACAGAUUAUUUUCGGUCCCUUUCUUUGUGUUUUUCGUGGCUUUCCUUCUAUUUCCUCUGACAGCCGUCUGUUCAGAUAUGAGCUACAAUAUUCCGGAAGAAACGAAGCGCCAGUAUGUGAUUGGAAAUAUAGCAAAGGAUCUCAGGAUGGAUGUGAAACAAUUAUCUGCUCGUAAAGCUCGGAUAGACAGUGAGGACAGCAGCAAACGUUACUGUGAUAUUAAUCUGAAUACUGGUGAUUUAAUCGUGGCAGAGACAAUAGACCGAGAGGAGCUUUGUGGAUCACAAAUUCCCUGCAUUCUUAGCUAUGAUCUCGUCCUGGAAAACCCUCUUGAAGUCCAUCGUAUAAUUCUUCAAAUUCAGGAUAUAAAUGACAACGCACCACGAUUUCCAAAUGAACGUAUUAUCUUUGAAAUCAGAGAAUCGGCAGAUAAAGGCCAGCGAUUCCGUUUGGAUGAGGCGCAUGACGCGGAUGUCGGACAAAAUGCGGUCAACAGUUAUUCACUGCAGAAAAAUCAACAUUUUAUAUUGACUGUUCAUGAUACUGCAGAUGGGGGAAAAUACGCUGAACUCGUGUUGGAAAAGGAGUUGGAUCGUGAGCAGCAGAAGGAGAUAGAUAUGAUACUCACAGCCACUGAUGGUGGUUCACCGCAGAGGUCUGGCACUGCUGUCAUACACAUCACUGUUCUCGAUGCUAAUGAUAAUGUCCCAGUGUUUAGUGAGUCUGUUUAUAAAGUCACCCUGGCUGAAAAUACACCUUCAGGAACAGAAAUAAUCCGAGUGAGCGCCACUGAUGCUGAUGAAGGUCAAAACGGGGAAGUGAUUUAUGAAUUCAGCAGAAUGUCAGAUAAAACUGCAAAAUUAUUUUCUAUUGAUAAGACAACAGGACAAAUCGUGAUGACUGGAGAAAUUGAUUAUGAAAAAGACAAAAAGUAUGAAAUGGGAAUUCAAGCAAAAGAUGCAUCUGGAUUAGCAUCAGCUGCUAAAGUUAUAAUAGAUAUAACUGAUGUUACAUCAUAUUUGAUCAUUGCAUUAGUUUGCGUGUCCACCUUCUUCCUGACGUUCAUCAUAUUGAUCGUGGCAGUGAAGUUUUGUCACAGGAGAAAGCCCAGACUGUUGUUUGAUGGAGCAGUUGCUGUUCCCAGCGCCUAUCUCCCUCCCAACUAUGCAGAGGUGGAUAGAGCAGAAACUCUCCGCAGCUCUUAUAAUUAUGACGCGUAUCUAACCACAGGCUCGCGCACCAGUGACUUUAAGUUUGUGAGCUCGUAUAAUGAAAACACGCUUCCUGCUGGUGAGACUUUGAAAAAGGAGCACAAUUUUCGUUUUGGUUCAAGCAUGAUAACACUUGACUUUACGGGAAAUGAAGAUGAGAUGCUGAGUGGCAAUGAAUGA